AUGGAACCUCUUCUCCCAGAGCUCCAAACGGCUCGAGCUGACGUGCCACAGUGCGUUGUAACCGGCAUAGCAGGUGUGGGGAAGUCGGCAACCGUCCUAGAGUAUGUUCACAGCCACAAGCGUCGCUUUGACAUCGUGUGUUGGGCUUCAGCAGAGAGCAACAUCUCCAUAUCCGCAUUUUUCUUAGAACUGGGUGAACAUCUGGGGCUAUUCUCCCAGGACGAUAAAGGUGACAGAAUCUCAAAAGUCAGGCAUUGGUUCGAAAAAUGCAGUAUGUGUACUAUGCGAAACGCUCCCUCGUAUGAGACCAUACCCGACUCACUAACAUCAUCUCGAGAUAUGCGCUGGCUGCUAGUGUUCGACAAUGUGAAAUAUCAGCGAGAUAUCUCGCCCUUCGUGCCGCAGUCAACAGUCGGAUACGGCUCCAUCAUUGUCACAACCAGAAACGCUUUUCUCGAAUGUCCAGGAGUUCGGGCCGAAGUCAUCAUCCAUCCUUUCUCAUUGACGCAGGGGGACGACUUCCUGAAAAAGACGCUCGAUUCACGCUGUGUGAGGGCCUCAAGCUGCCCAGAGGUAGAGUCUGCCGUAUCUCAUCUUUGCGGAGGACUUCCGGUAUUUCUUCGCUUUGUUGGGGAUUUCAUGGCCACCUACAAGUACUUUGAAUCGACCUUCUGGAGAGACUACGACGAGCUGAGCCCACCGUGGCUGGACAUUAGAUUUCGAAAUAUCAACACUGAUGGAGGCAAGGUAGAGCUUAUCUAUAACGACGUGCUGAUAGAUUUGUCGGCAAGAGCGCGCGAUACGAUUUGCGUCAUGUCACUUUUGAACGGGGACUCGCUCUCUGAUGCCUUGAUAUCUUCUUCGCUCGACGGCAGUCGAGACAAUAUCGGCGUCGUCACUAGACCUAGGUACAUACCCUCUCGAAUUAGGAUCCUCCUGAAAGCUGACACGGUCAGGGAUACUUCUAAUCAUGCGGUGAGCCAGGAGCUGGAGCAGUUCAGCCUCGUCAGAAGAGAGUACAGAGGAGGUGAGACCGUGUACGUUAUGAACCCAACAAUCCAGAUGAUAGUACGGUAUCAAAUUUGGAACAUGUCCCUGCAAAUCAGACAAACGAUCUUCAGAAAGGCCUUUGAUCUUCUGCGGCGCAGGAUGCGUAAGGCGCUUUCAUUCCGCGAGCCAUUACCUUUGUGUGCUUCUGAUGUCUCUGAACCAUGCCGUCAUGUUGAAAAACUACUUUCCGCCGCCAAAAAACUUCGGCUUCCCUUGGAAGAAGACUUUGCGGAGCUCCUGUACGACUGUGGCUUUGCCACCUGGCAGCAGCGUUCACAUCCCCAACAUGGUCUCAAGAUUCUGCAGGAAAGCCUAGUGAUUUUGGACGGGUUGGUAGACCCUACAUUGUCAGAUAAUCGACUGAAGGCUGGCAUACACACCAUCCUGAGCCGUCUCUUCCUCGAUAUGGGGACGGAGUUCGGAGACAAAAGCAAGGAACACAUUCAACAAGCUCUACAUCUACAGACCCUAGUUAAGGAGAGAACCAAGCCAGAGGAACUGACCAGAAGACACGAGGUCCACUAUCAGGCUGCGCGGACUGAUCUGGCGACGACAUUGCUCGACGCGGACCUGGCCGAGGAUGCCCUGCCCAUUUUAGAAGAUUGCCUGGACGUCCACAGUAAAUGGCGCCCAGGACAAGAAGUGCCGUUCGACAAAGCGAAAGUCCUGUACGGCAUCGCGAUGUGUCAUAUGAUGAAGGGAAAUCAUAUCAGAGCUCUGUCCUGUGCACGCCAGGGGAGUACAACACUGUCGCUGGGGGGAACAACAAAUCCAACGGAGAGUCAAGAAUUUCCGCUGGCAUGUGUGUUGCGGCAAGUGGGCAGGUUCCAGGAAGCCCUGACCCUCCACCAUAGGGUGUUGAAUGCUCGCUUAGCAACAUUUGAAGAAGCAAGUAUCCCAGUCGCUCAAAGCUACUAUGCGCUCGGGACGCUGUAUGCCGAAUCUCAAGAUUUUCGUUUGGCAGAGGACGCCUUGCAGAAGUCACUGCGCGCCUCCAUUCAAAUCAUUGGCGGCGCCGGAGACCUUGUGGCACUGGCUCGGCUCCGGCUCGCUCAGGUCCUCCGGAGUCUUGCCCGCGCACCGGACGAAGAAGCCGGGACUCUUGCGGCCAACGCGAGACUUGCAGCAAAAGCCACAAUGGAAAAUACGGACGACGUGUCUUUACUUGAACAACGACAACCCGUGCUGGAAUGUCGAUGGGUUGGGGCGUCACAGCAUGCAAAUGCACCACCACUACAACACUUUAUCGUAGAUGUUGGAAUCAGCCAAUAG